UGUUUUACAAUUAUGAUCUACUAUGCAAAAGGGCAGGGGGAAAAUUUUCUCUUGUUUGGCUUGCGGCUACACGCAAAAGUCUACCAGCAAAUGAUUAUUUGCGAAUAAAUGUCGUAAAAACUUGCCUAGACAUUAUGGAAACCGUAAAAAAUCAAGAGCCAAGAAUGUCUUCAAAAAAUGCUCGAUCAAGGUUUUCUUUGUACCUGUCAUCAAUGCUGUUGUAUGGGGUGUGCAUUGUUUACAGGCAGCAAGUCAUCAUUACAAUUGAUAACAUGAUGAAUUUGUUUCAUUUGACUAUAACAUGCAAUGGGACACACAGACAUCUGGAAGUUUCGGGUGAUGGUGAAGAAAAUGAUGCUGAUGGUGCAAAAAGAGGCCGUAAGAGGAAGAAACAGCAUCAGUUACAACCAGUUGAUGAAAAAUUUUUAGCAGAACUAACUGUUCCACUCAAAGCACCACCACAGGGAAUUGCCGUCUCUCCAAGAUUUUCCCCUAAUUCGCAUCCACCAACUGUUGCCAUGCCACCAGAUGUUAUGCAGACUCUAAAGGUUCCACAGAUGAUACUUGAUGACCAGGGUACAGAUGCACCUGUGGAACAGAUCUGUGAGCAGUUGACAAAAAUUUUUGCUGCCGAGGAGCUGCUUGUGAGUGAUUCUCAGAAGACUGAACAUGAUGAGGAAAAAGAGUUGUUGGUCCGACGUUCUGAAGCAAAGCUGGACAGUACCUCUCAAGUUUGCCUACACCAUGAAGCCCUGUUAUUGACACAAUAUGAGAGGUUACAAAAAAAAUGCUUCAAUCCCUUUGGGAAUGUGAAUCAUAAUGUUAAGGCAGGAAUUCGCACUCUUGAAACUGAAACAGCUAAUAAGGCUUCUGAUAUGUUGAAGAAGCAGCUUGUUAAUAACAUAAAGCCAGGAGAGGAAAGCAAAACAUUUGAUGUUGUCACAUUGGUCCAUUCUCAAGGAAAGAAAGGCAAGGAACUGAAACAGCAGCCACUGAUUGAGGAUAAGCAUGUAGAGGAUCAGGCUGCUGCACCUGUGCAUACUACUGAAACCCUGGCUGUUCAUGUAGCUGUGGCUGAGUCAGUGGCUUCAGCAGUACCCACCGAACCAGCUGAAAGUGUUGAUGGUGUCCCCCAGGCGGAUAAAGAUGUGACUGCUGCUCCAGCUUUGCUAGAGCAAGCUUACAGAAGUUCUGAUGUGAAACCACCUUCACCUCCAAAAAUCCUUGAAUCUGUUGAAAAUAAAGAAGAUAAAAUACAUUCCAUUGAUGCAGAUGCUGGCUUUUCUCAUCAGACAGCCAUAAAUUUACCUGAUGCUGGAGAACCAGUCACUGAUCAUGCAGAAGCAAAAGGAAUAUCACUGAUGACAGACAAUGACAAAACAAAAACUGAGCCAUCUGCAGCCAGAACCAGCCGACGACGCGCUUCUCCAGAGCAACUACAAGAAAUUCCACAAAAAAGAAAACGGAGGAUAAAUAACUUGUUAGAGGAUGAAGAGGUGGAAAUAUCUAAGCACCUUUUGAGGAUACAAAUUGGAAAAGAUGACAGUGAGCUACGAGCUAUGGAUAUAGAGAAAGAAAUUAAAUCUUACGUUAGCCAAAAAAAUACUAAAUUUUUAAUUGAAAAUCCUUGUUGCCUGGAUCUGCCAGAGAUCUGUCAGAUUUUAAUUACUAAAACAUUUCAAAUGGGUGGUGGACAGCUCCAUGAACAGCAGCGAAAGUCUAAUUUGGAAGAAAGUGUUGAGAUUCAGCGAGGGCAACGAACACCUACACCUCCUCAGUCACCUCUACAGUCACUCAGAGGAGAAGGUUCUUCUUUGUUGCGUAAUGAAGUCUCUGAUAUCACACCAAGACUCCAACCAAUAAUUGAGACACAUUUUGAAGAACUGGAAGUUCCAACAAAAGCAGACAGUGUUAUCAACGUAGCACCUCUCACAGAAAUACCUGAGAUUGAUAUUUCUGAUGCUAGUGUAGGCAAAGAAAAGAGGGAUAGCAAUCUGGAAAAAGUGGUACCAGAAAUAGCACAACAAAGAGAAGCAGAACAUGGGGAUGUAGAAAUGAUGCAGCUUCCAGUAGUUGAAUCUUCUGUGACAAAUGUGAUUAGUACAGAAAUAAUAGAAUCAGCUGUGUGUGAUUCAGAGUCAGACAGGAUGGAGGUGCCAACAGAUGCUGAGAAAAUUAGUAAGCCGUUGAAAGAAACCAUGAAUAUAUGGAGAAGGCUUAAAGUCUUGCAGAGGUCAAUAAACAGAGCUGCUACAGUUUAUGAUCUUUGUCCACAACACUCAACAACAAAAUUCAGAGCUGCAUUUACCUUCAAAUGCUUACUGGAACUGGACUUCCGAAAGAAGGUAGUUCUACAACAAGAUAGGAGCAUACCAUUUGGUCCAAUCUACAUAAGUCUACCAUGACAAUGGCUUCAGAGAGACUGAUAAGGAAGGGGCAGAGAGAACACUGUCAUCUUAUAUUAAAUAGCGACUACACUUGUUACUACCCAUGAAACUUGUAUUGAUACAGGUUCUCUUUUUAUCUGCAAUUUAUUUGAGUGCCAAAUAAAACAUGGUUAGUCUGCAGCUUUUAUAAACUUUGUGUUUUGAAUGUUGUUGUAUAUAUGUGCAUCUUUAAUAAAAUCGCAGUUUACAU